ACCGCGCGGCUCGGCCGGGCGCGCCCAGCGCUGGGCGAGGCUCUGGGCGAGCCACCGGAGCCGGAACCGGGACCAGCCACAGCCACGGCCGAGCCGAAGGCGCCGAGGCCAGCAGGCCUGGGGCGGGACAGCUCUCGCGAGAGCCGCGCCGGCGGCCAUUUUGGCCAUGGAUUGGCGGCGGGGCGGGGCCGCGGCGCUGCCCGCGGGAGUGGAGGAGGAGGAGGAGGAGGAAGAAGAGGAAGAGGAGGAGGAAGAAGAAGAAGAAGAGGAGGAGGAGGAGAAGGAGGAGGAUGAGCCGCGGGCGUCCCCCCGCCUCCCGCUGCUGCUGACGACGGCGCUCGGCUCAGCCUGCUGCGGGCUUCGCGCCGCGCCAGCGGCCAUGGUGCCGAGCGAGGAGAACCAGCUCGUCCCCAAGGAGGAUAUGUUUUGGAGUUGCAGACAAAGUAUCUUUGCUGAAAUGAAGAAGAAAUUUUCACAGGCAGAAAGUGCUGCUGAGGAGCCCAGGGUGCUGUGUAUAAUACAGGAUACCACAAACUCCAAGACAGUGAACGAGCGUGUUACCUUGAACCUUCCGGCUUCCACCCCAGUGAAAAGGCUGUUUGAGGACGUGGCUUCCAAAGUGGGCUACGUGAACGGGUCCUUUGAUUUGAUGUGGGGCAAUGGAGACAAUGUCACUGACACGCAGACUCCAAUAGAUCAGAACAGUGACAAAACUAUUCUUGAUGCUGGUUUUGAGCCGGGGAAGAAGAACUUUCUGCAUUUGACAGACAAAGACGGUGAGCAGCCUCAGACAAUGCCGGAGGAGUCAGGUACAACAGAUGAGAGUGCACAAGAGAGAUUUAUAGGCCCUCUUCCAAGAGAAGGCUCUGUUGGAUGUACCAAUGACUAUGUCAGUCAAAGCUAUUCUUAUUCUUCAGUCCUGAGCAAAUCAGAGACAGGUUAUGUGGGGCUAGUAAAUCAAGCAAUGACUUGCUACUUGAACAGCCUUCUACAAACACUUUUCAUGACUCCUGAAUUUAGAAAUGCAUUGUAUAAAUGGGAAUUUGAAGAAUCCGAAGAGGACCCUGAGAGAAGUAUCCCCUACCAGCUUCAAAGACUGUUUGUUUUACUGCAGACCAGCAAAAAAAGGGCGAUUGAAACAACAGAUGUUACACGGAGUUUUGGAUGGGAUAGUAGUGAAGCAUGGCAGCAACAUGAUGUACAGGAGCUUUGUAGAGUCAUGUUUGAUGCUUUGGAGCAGAAAUGGAAGCAAACGGAGCAGGCUGAUCUUAUAAAUCAACUGUACCAAGGCAAACUGAAGGACUAUGUCAGGUGUCUAGAAUGUGGCUAUGAAGGCUGGAGAAUCGACACUUACCUGGAUAUCCCGUUGGUCAUCCGGCCGUACGGCUCCAGCCAGGCGUUUGCUAGCGUGGAAGAAGCACUGCAUGCUUUCAUUCAGCCCGAGAUCCUUGAUGGCCCAAAUCAGUACUUCUGUGAACGAUGUAAGAAGAAAUGUGAUGCAAGGAAGGGUCUGCGGUUCUUGCACUUUCCGUACCUGCUGACGUUACAGCUGAAGAGGUUUGACUUCGAUUACACCACCAUGCACAGGAUCAAACUCAAUGAUCGCAUGACUUUCCCUGAGGAGCUGGACAUGAGCGUCUUCAUUGAUGUUGAGGAUGAGAAGUCUCCCCAGACUGAGAGUUGCACUGAUAGUGGAGCUGAAAAUGAAGGCAGUUGUCACAGUGAUCAGAUGAGCAAUGAUUUUUCUAAUGAUGACGGAGUCGAUGAAGGGAUCUGCCUUGAAAGCAACAGCGCGGCAGAAAGAAUUUCUAAAGCUGGCAGUGAAAAGAGUUCUUUACUGUAUGAGCUCUUUUCUGUAAUGGUUCACUCUGGAAGUGCUGCUGGUGGCCAUUAUUAUGCCUGUAUAAAAUCUUUCAGUGAUGACCAGUGGUACAGCUUUAAUGAUCAGCAUGUUAGCAAGAUAACUCAGGAAGAUAUUAAGAAAACAUAUGGUGGAUCUUCUGGAAGCAGAGGCUAUUAUUCCAGUGCUUUUGCUAGCUCCACAAAUGCAUACAUGCUGAUAUAUAGACUGAAGGAUCCAACAAGAAAUGCAAAGUUUCUUGAGGCACAUGAGUAUCCAGAGCACAUUAAACAACUGGUACAGAAAGAGAGAGAAUUGGAAGAACAAGAAAAGAGGCAACGGGAAAUCGAGCGCAACACUUGCAAGAUUAAAUUGUUCUGCAUGCAUCCUACAAAACAAAUAAUGAUGGAGAACAAAUUGGAGGUUCAUAAGGACAGGACACUGAAGGAAGCUGUGGAAAUAGCUUACAAGCUGAUGGAUUUAGAAGAGGUUGUUCCUUUGGAUUGCUGUCGUCUUGUCAAAUACGACGAGUUCCAUGACUACUUGGAACGGUCUUAUGAAGGAGAAGAGGACACACCAAUGGGCUUGUUGCUGGGAGGUGUCAAAUCAACGUACAUGUUUGACUUACUGCUGGAAACAAGAAGACCUGACCAAGUUUUCCAGUGCUAUAAACCUGGUGAGGUCAUGGUAAAGGUUCAUGUGGUCGACCUAAAGAGUGAAUCUGUUGCUCCUUCAAUAAGUGUACGAGCUUAUUUGAAUCAAACAGUUUCAGAAUUUAAACAGCUCAUUUCAAAGGCUACGCACCUGCCCGCUGAAACAAUGCGCGUCGUGUUGGAACGGUGCUACAAUGACCUGCGUCUCCUCAACGUUUCCAGCAAAACACUGAAAGCUGAAGGCUUUUUUAGAAGCAACAAGGUAUUUGUUGAAAGCUCAGAGUCUUUAGACCGUCAUGUGACAUACACAGAUUCUCAUUUAUGGAAGCUUUUGGACCGUCAUGCAAACACAAUCAGACUGUAUGUUUCAUUGCCAGAGCAAGCACCUGGAUCUCAGUUUAGACGAGGGGUUUAUCAGAAGUCUAGUGGAGGUGCAGGCAACUUGGAUGAAGCCUGUGAAAGAGUUAAAGGACCUGUAGGUAAUAUGAAAUCUGUAGAGGCGAUUCUGGAAGAAAGCACCGAAAAACUUAAAAGCUUGUCCCUGCAACAGCAGCAGCAGGAGGGAGAUAAUGGAGACAGCAGCAAAAGCACAGAAGCCAGUGACUUUGAAAACAUUGAAUCACCUUUAAAUGAAAUAGAUUCCUCAGCAUCAGCAGAAAACAGAGAACUUGAAAACCAAAUUCAGAUUUCUGAUCCGGAAAAUCUCCAGUCAGAGGAACGGUCGGAUUCGGAUGUAAAUAACGACAGGAGUACGAGUUCAGUGGACAGUGACAUCCUCAGCUCCAGUCACAGCAGUGACACGUUAUGCAAUGUGGACAAUGCCCCGCUUCCCUUGGCUAAUGGACUUGAUUCUCACAGUAUCACAAGUAGUAGGCGAUCAAAAGCAAAUCAGGGGAAGAAGGAAACCUGGGACACUGCAGAGGAAGAUUCUGGAACAGACAGUGAGUACGAUGAAAGUGGCAAGAGCAGAGGAGAAGCACAGUAUAUGUACUUUAAGUCAGAACCCUACGCUGCAGAGGAAGGCUCGGGAGAAGGGCAAAAAUGGCUGAUGGUGCAUGUUGAUAAAAGAAUUACGCUGUCUGCCUUCAAGCAACAUUUGGAGCCUUUUGUUGGAGUUCCGUCUUCUCACUUCAAAGUCUUUAGAGUCUAUGCCAGCAAUCAAGAGUUUGAGAGUGUUCGGCUGAAUGAGACACUUUCAUCAUUUUCUGAUGACAAUAAGAUAACUAUUAGACUUGGAAGAGCCCUUAAGAAAGGUGAAUACAGAGUCAAAGUCUACCAACUCUUGGUAAACGAGCCUGAGCCAUGCAAGUUUCUUCUAGAUGCAGUUUUUGCUAAAGGAAUGACUGUCCGACAGUCCAAAGAGGAGCUGCUUCCUCAGCUUCGAGAACAGUGUGGCCUAGACUUGACAAUUGACAGGUUUCGCCUACGAAAGAAAACCUGGAAGAAUCCGGGCACUGUGUUUCUGGAUUAUCAUGUCUAUGAAGAAGAUAUCAAUAUUUCAAGCAAUUGGGAGGUCUUCUUAGAAAUACUUGAUGGAGUAGAAAAGAUGAAAUCCAUGUCACAACUUGCUGUUCUGUCGAGACGAUGGAGGCCAUCGGAGAUGAAACUCGAUUCUUUCCAGGAAGUAGUACUAGAAAGCAGCAGUGUUGAAGAAUUAAAAGAGAAGCUGAGUGAAAUAAGUGGAAUACCCUUAGAAAACAUAGAAUUUGCAAAGGGUAGAGGAACUUUUCCAUGUGACAUUUCCAUACUAGAGAUUCACCAAGACUUGGACUGGAAUCCUAAAGUAUCUACAUUGAAUGUCUGGCCUCUGUACAUUUGUGAUGAUGGUGCAGUAAUAUUUUAUAGGGAUAAAACUGAAGAAUUAAUGGAAUUAACAGAUGAGCAAAGAAAUGAACUGAUGAAAAAAGAAAGCAGCAGACUCCAGAAAACUGGACACCGGGUAACCUACUCUCCCCGUAAAGAAAAAGCACUAAAAAUUUAUCUGGAUGGAGCACCAAAUAAAGAUUUGACUCAAGACUGAUACUUGCUAUAGCAUUUUCCCUGGGGAAUUUUUUUUGUUUCCAAUAAAAAGGUUCACUACUACUGUGUAGUGCCAUUACGGCAGGACAUUCAUUAGGUGUAAAGCGCUGACACCAGCACCGGGCGGGCGGUGACCCGCCGGCAGCGCAGGGCCCCGCCGGGUCACUGCUUGACUUGGAAUCAUGUUGUGCACUAUAGUCAAAUGUACUGUAAAGCUAAAAGGGAUGUGCAAAUAAAAGAUUAGAACUAAAAAAAAAAAAAAAAAAAAAAAAAACAAAAAAAGUGGGCGGGGAGGGAAUCGAGUGGAAAUUUUUUGAGGACAGUGUGCACAUAGUAGCUAGUGAAACUAGCCUCAAACAGGAUACUCAUAGCUUAAUAAUAAAAGCUGUGCAAAGGCCAUGAAAGAA